UUUCAUAAUUUAUUUACACAAAUCUUAUACUAAAUAUUGAAACGUAGACUUCAAAAAAUUUUUUAAUAUAUUAUUUUUCUGUUUUAAGUCUUGCUUGUUGUAAAAUAAAUAUUAUAAAAUUAUUCCUUGUAAUAAAAUAAUUUGUUCAGAAAGUGUUAAUCUCGCAUGAUUCGGAGAACUCAGCUUUUGUUAGGCAGUGUUUCUUGCAGUAACUUUUUUGUCUUAAAUAAAAUUAUGUCACAAAAGUAAUAUCUGAGAGAGUGCCUGCAUUGGAAAUUUUUACUUGGUUAGCAAAAUAUAUUAGCCGCAGCGGCAUAUCUGAAGUGAACAUAAUGAUCCGUUCUGUUGGAAAUUUAAACAUCGUUUUAGAGAUGGUAAAAGUAUUUGGAAUAUCAAAACAAUCCUUGAUGUAAUUAAAUGAUGGAAAUUGCAUGGAAUUAUUAAAAAUGCCCUGAAGUCAGGGUCAUAUUCCAAGCUAACAUGAAGAAAUCACAGAUUUAUUCUAUGAAAACUCAAACGAAAUCCAGAACUUAGUAUUAUAAAAUUUUCAGCAGAUUGAAAAGAACAGUUAGAAAUAAAAGUUAAAAUCUGAAGAUUUUUAGAAGAGGCAUAUGGAUACAAUGAGCAAUCAGCAAGAAGGAAAUUCUUCAUCAACAACAAAUCAAGGGAAAACGCCUGGUGUUCGCAUAAUCCAUAAAGCUUCCUUUCUACUGAGUGUUACUGGAAUAUCUUUACUUGGAGGUUUUGGGAUGGCCCUUGCCAUGGCAAAGAAAAAAGAUCCUUCUUUUUUCUUAAAGGGCAUGAUGCCAACAAAGGACAUGCCUGAAAGUGGUGGUUCAUUAGCCAUGAGAGCCCUUGGUUGGGGGACUUUUUAUGCAGUAACAGGUUUUAGUGCUUUUUGCUUUGGAGUAUGGAAAUUAAUGGGAGUAAAUAAUCUCCAGGAAUUUCGAUACAAAGUUGGAAAUAUUUUGCCAGAAAUCCCAAAGACAGAGAAUCCUGGCAGAUCUGAUUUUAAAAAUUUACGUGAAUUUCUUAAUUAUAUCGUUGAAGAAAGUGAAAAGAGUAAAAAGAGUUGAUGCAAUUUUGUUUGAGUAUUAAUAUUCUUACUAUGCAUAACAAAUUCUGUCAUAUUCUUCUUGCAUAUUUAUUGUCAAGUUGAAAUUUUUUACAUUCAGGAAAAUGAUGUUAAAUUACAUGUUUACUUAACUCUCAUGUAUAAGAUUUUUCAUUUUAGGAUAAAUUUUAAGAAAUAAAAAUGUAUGUGUACAUUUUGUCUUGUA